ACAACAAAUUAAACCCACUCCUAUUGAAUCAUUAAUCAAACACUUCUAGUUAAGUUCAAUUUACAGAUGGAUGGUGUGAAGAAAAUGGUUUCUGAGAGGCCUGUGGUGAUCUUCAGUAAGAGUUCUUGCAUCUUGUCCCACACAAUCAAGUCCCUCUUCAAUGACUUUGGUGUGAACCCUACUGUUUAUGAGCUUGACGAGAUAGCAAGAGGCCGAGAAAUCGAACAGGCAUUGUCUGGGCUCGGCUGCAGCACAAUCCCAGCUGUGUUCAUUGGUGGUGAGUUGGUUGGUGGAACAAAUGAGAUUAUGAGUCUUCAACUCAAAAGAGUUUUGAAGCCAAUGCUCAUCAGGGCUGGAGCUUUAUGGGUUUGAUUCGAUUCAUAAUAAUCGUUGCAGUAACAUAAGAUCAUGUACAUUAAUAAUAAAGCACGUCUUAAGUGCGAAUAAUUAGAGUGAGAAACAUGAUUAGUUAUAUCGUAGAUCAUAUCGUAUGAGAUUAUAAAUACGACGAGGCUACUAGUACUAGGUUUCAUUUUUAUCUCUGGUAUCCUCUUUUUUGCUUUGUGAUGAUACUAUGCUGCAAUAUCAUACUUCUAGAGUUGCCUCUCCU